ACAACAAUAGUAACAUGUGAAUUAUUAUAGCAGAAAUGCGCGAGAUGUUUUACUGAAAAUAUCAGUUGUUUUCAAGUCGUCGUCGUCGGAUGUGUGCCAGCGGAAUAAAUACAGAGCUGUUCUUUUUAGAAAACUCAGCGCUUUCGAUUUACUCAAUUCGCUCAAUUAUACCAGCUGUCAUCAGCAUUGUGCUUAAGUGAAAUUAGUGGUAGCGGUAAUCAAAACAAAAAGCGUAUAAACACUGAUAAACAUAUAAGCGGUCAUUUGACAUACAUACAUACACAUAAUAAAAUAAGUGCAGUGCAGCAAUCCGGUUUAGCGCAGAAAUCAUACAAAAAUGUCGGCUAGUGUGGAGAGCGCCAUCUAUAUGUCACAUUUGGAGCUACGCUCGGACCAUAAGCUUUAUUCACGUUUACGCGAGCUUUACGAUUUCUAUCGCAAUCAGUUCGGUGAUGAACCGGAGUUCUUUGUCCGCAUGCCUGGACGCGUCAACAUAAUCGGCGAGCAUGUGGACUAUUGUGGCUACCCCGUCUUACCAAUGGCAAUUGAUCAGUGCAUUCUGUUGGCGGUCGGACACAAUGCGGAAAACUCAUUUCUACAACUGCGUAACGUGGAAACAAAGCGUUAUGAGAACUUUAAAUGCGAUUUGAACGCGCUCAGCAUUGACUUGCCGCAAACUGGUGGACCGAAAUGGUAUAAUUACUAUCUGUGCGGUGUGAAGGGCAUCUACGAGCAAAUCCAACAGGAGAACAACAAUGAACCGCUACGGCCCAUCGGCAUGAAUAUCGCGUUGAGUGGCAACAUACCGCCCGCUUCCGGUUUGAGCAGCUCCAGCGCGCUGGUGAGUGCCGCUGUGUUGGCUACUGCCUACGUGCACCAGCUGCCCUUGGAACGCAAACAGUUGGCCGCCAUAUCGGCGCGUUGCGAACGCUACAUUGGCACACAGGGUGGCGGCAUGGAUCAGGCCAUCGCCUACCUGGCCAAAGCUGGUUGCGCACAAUUCAUUGAAUUCCAUCCCGAGCUGAAUGCCACACCCAUACAGCUACCGGCUGGUGUGUGCUUUAUUGUGGCCAACAGUUUGGCGGCAAAGAACAAAGCGGCCUCGUCGGAUUUCAAUGAACGCGUAGUGGAAUGCCGGCUGGCUGCGCGCAUUAUUGCCAAGCAUAUGCAGUUCAGCAACUGGCGUGGCAUGCUACGCUUUGUGCAGUUGCAAGAGGCGCUGCACUGCACGCUCGGCGAACUGGAAAAACUAGUGUUGAAAUGGCUGCCAAAGGAUAUUUACACGCGCGAAGAGCUGUGUACGCGCGAGUUGGAGGUCGGCGCUGAGGAAUUCGAGAGGGAAUUUCUCACAGUCAACACGCGGCACAUGACACAAUUCAAGCUGAAACAACGCGCCCUACAUGUCAUACAAGAGUCACUGCGUGUGGCGAAAUUUCGCGAAAUAUGCGAGCGCCAACACACCAACAAACCGCAUUACAUCUGCAAUGGCGUGAACGGAAAGUCAAAUGGCAACGGCAUUAAUGAUGCCACAAAGCACUUUACGCUGCUGUCACAAUUGAUGCGUCAAUCACACCAAAGUCUUAAGGAGCUCUACGAGUGCUCGCACACCUAUCUGGAUCGUUUGAUUGGCUUAUCCGAUGAGGCGGGUGUGGGCGCUAGGCUCACCGGUGCAGGUUGGGGUGGCUGCGUUGUCGCCUGCUGUGACUCUCUGGAAUCGUCAAAGCAAUACAUAGAAAUGCUUAAAGCCCAGUACUUUAAGCUGCUGCCACAGGAGUUACUCGAGCGGUAUGGUGCUAAUGAUUUCGAUGAUGUGGUGUUCGCGACAUUUCCGGGAAACGGCGCAGAAAUCUUUAAACUCAAUUGUGCGGCUUGUUAAUUGGCAAGCGCGUGGGUUUCUAUUGGAGACAAUUGCCAAAUCUUGCUAGUAAAAUAUAUAUGUAUAUACACAAGUUUUUUAUAUAAUCUUCUCUCAUGUAGGGUGAACAACUAAAAGUUUAAUAAAUCGUACCCAAAUCUUUAUUUCUACUUUACAAGAAAUAAUCAAAUGCAUUUUUUAUACAUAAGUAUGUUUAAACAGUAUUGAACUUAAUAGAAGAAAGGAUGUACAUAUAUUGUUAAACAAUUGAAUAAACUUAUUCGAAAGUCAAUGACAGUA